UUUUUGUGGAGGAGGAAGGUGGUCGUUCGAGCUUUUCGGGCUUUUGCUUUUGAGUUCAGUGUGGUCCACCUUCCGGAGGACGUGAGCUUAUACGUUUAGCUUUAAGAGACUGACUAAUUCACAACAAAUCUCAGGACAAUGUCCGGCUCAGGUCCAAGGUUUGUGAAUAACCAGUUUAAUUCUCCUAUUAAACUAUAUUCGCCCCAUGCGAUUCAGGAAACGUUGGAUCGUCAGACUCAAAUUUUAGCCAACGGUGCAAUCGGAAUCGAUUUCAACCAGUUAGCCAAACCGGCGAAUCUUCAAAACAGCGCAGUGCUUCGCAUGCUCGAAGAAGAAGAAACAAGAAAGCGCAGUGGACAACCUAAUCUGAAACGAGUAGCGUGGCCUCCUCCACCAGAGGAUCAAGAUAUUGACGAAUACAUUGAACAAGGCCCUGUUCAAGCCAAGACACGUGGAAUUGGCGAGUACGCCACGUACCAGAGCAGUCCAUCGCCCCAGAAUCAAAAUUUUGUUCCAUCAUCUCCGUCGCCUGUGAAUCCUGGUGGUACUUUGAAGCAACCCAAGCAAUUUCAACAAGAAAAAUCAGCUAAGGGUUGGGCAUCGGUUUCACCCUCAGCCACCUCCCCUUUACCCCAACCACUUCUCCAGCCACCCACUUGGGGCCAGACACAAAAACUGACACCACAAUUGCAGACCCAGAGCUCAGUAGACCGAACACGACAAUCACCUUAUUCGACGCCAGCUUCCACAUUUGAAGCACCGCCUUCUACAAUCACUCUGAGGCCGGAAGCUCCAAUUUCUCAGGUACCACAACCAGUUUAUUUUUCGCAACCCGCAGCGACGAAAGCGCCGAUAAGCGGCAAUAUGAGAGGCGAUCAAAAAUGGCCCCCUGCUACCGUGAAAGCUCAGACGGAAGCAGAAAACCAGGCCCGAUUGGAUUUGGCCAAGGGACCAGUUUGCAGACCACGUAGAGUGAACAAAGAUUAUCGCCCAUUUUUCGCUCAGCAUGCGCUGACAUCCACCUACCCAGGAUAUAGAGCACCACCAGGAACUCAAUAUUUCACUCCAGGAUAUCAAAAUUAGACGAAACUCGAGUUCUUAUAUUUUUCUCAAUCUCAAAGCAUUUGCGAGGCUGCGAUCGAAACGUUGCCAAUCUUAUUUUUCGAUUGCAACAUUUCAGAGUACCAAACAAAAAAAAAAACAGAAAAAAUACAACAAGAGCAGGAAUGAAAAUUCUAAAUUUUUCUCAGCUUCCGUUUUUAGUUUCCGCUCUUGAAUUCAAGAGAAAACAUUUAAUAGAAUAUUCAACGAUCUUGUGGAAUCUUUCCAAUAAGACUAUAUUAAUAGAAAUCCGUUUCUAUUUUCCUUUUCGCAGAUUGCUUAGCUCGCGCUCUAUUAAUAGGUUGAGAACUAACGCUUCUGAUCGCAUCGAGAAAUAACAAUAAAGAUUGGAGAAUCUAGCCGAGGAGCUAGAGCGAAUAAAAAUAAAAAUAAACUCGAAAUCGAGACUCGAGACGAACGAAAACCGAAAAAAAGGCAUGGAAGCUUAUAAAUGUAAAUAUGAAAGGGAGAUUGAUAAGCAUAUUUUUGUAAUGUGAUUCAACGAAAUAGGUAACCAACUAACUUACCUUUUUAAUGGUGUAUAAUAUUAUCGCGAAUAAAUAUAAUAAAGGGUCUUGAGACUUAUUUAUU